UAUAUGGUAUAGCAGCCGUAGGAGAAUUGGUCUUCCACACCAUGCACUCGCUUGCCCUCUACCUCUCCUUCCUCCAUCUUCUCCUGAUCACCCAAGUCGUCACCGAAACCCCGCCACCCUAUGCUGCCACCGACUAUUUUCUCCUCAAUUGUGGCUCGUCCUCCGAUUCAACCUCGCUGGAUGGCCGUAACUGGGAUGGCGAUUUGAACUCAAAGUUCUCACCUCCAAAUAUAGAAACCACAUCAAUUGCAUCUACCCCCUCCCAACACAACCCUUCUGUUACCCAAGUCCCCUACACCACUGCACGCAUCUUUCACAACAAGUUCACCUACUCCUUUCCCGUCUCGCCUGGCUUGAAGUUCGUCCGUCUCUACUUCUUCCCGGCCUCCUACGCCGGACUCGAUGAAUCCAAGUCCUUCUCCUUGGUCACCGCCAAUAACUUCACCCUCUUAAGCAACUUCAGUGCCUUCCUUGCCGUCUCUUCGUCAAAACCUCUCGUAGCCUCCGUAAUCAAAGAAUUCAUAGUCCCUGUGUUGCGCACUCAGUUUCUCAACAUAACAUUUAUUCCAUCUCCGAGCUCUUACGCCUUCAUUAAUGGUAUAGAGAUUGUGUCUAUGCCAAAUAAUCUCUAUAUGCACAAUAGGGAUGAUGUAAUGAUCACCAUGGUAGAUUACAACAUACCCUUCUAUUUCGACGAAACCACUGCUCUUGAGACCAUGUAUAGACUAAACGUGGGGGGCAACGAUAUCUCGGGCGAAGACGAUACUGGGAUGUUCCGGACUUGGCGUCAGGACUCGCAGUAUCUGUUUGGCCAGAUGAAAGGGAUGAUAGCUUACAGCUCGUCUGAUGUCAAGAUACAGUAUACUACGGACACACCGGCCUAUACUGCGCCGGAGAUUGUGUAUAAAACUUCUCGUACAAUGGAUCUGAAUCCUACGGUUAACUUGAAUUCCAACCUCACGUGGAUCUUCACGGUUGAUGGCGGGUUUAACUAUCUUUUUAGGCUUCAUUUUUGUGAAACUCUGAAAGAGGUAGUGAAAAGGAACCAACGAGUUUUUAAAAUAUUCAUCAAUAAUCAGACGGCAGAGGCAGAUGUGGAUGUGAUUAAUUGGAGCGGCGGUAACGGAAUUCCUGUAUACAGAGAGUAUGUUGUGUUCUUCCCAAGUGGAAACAAGGCCAAACAAGAUUUGUGGCUCGCGCUACACCCUGACUGGGAUAUGUCACCACUUCCCGCAUACGCCAGUGCCAUCUUGAACGGUGUGGAAAUAUUUAAGUUGAACCGAUCAGACGGUAGUCUUGCUGGGAUCAACCCGGAAGUGGAGGGGGUUACCACACUCCCGGCCCCGGAACCCAAAACAAAAUUAACGGAGAGGCCAAAGAAGUUGUCGCCGACGGUAGCCAUUAUCAUUGGAGGUGUUGUUGGUCCACUCUUAAUUCUUUUUUUAGUGACUUUCCGGCUGAGUAAGAGAGCCAAGGACAUCGGCUCCAACGGUGAAACUUCAUGGUGGGGUCUAUUUUCUUUCACCAAGACCAAGUCAACUAAGACGCAGGGCUCAUCUUUACCUUCCGAAUUAUGUCGUAAGUUUUCAUUUGCUGAAAUCAAAGCCGCCACAAAUGAUUUCGAUAAGGUUUUAAUCAUAGGGGUUGGAGGGUUUGGCAACGUGUAUAAAGGGUACAUUGAUGACGGGACCAUCUCAGUUGCAAUCAAACGGCUGAAAUCUAGUUCACAGCAAGGGGCUCAUGAGUUCCGCACCGAGAUCGUGAUGCUCUCUCAGCUUCGUUACCUCCAUCUCGUUUCUCUGAUUGGAUAUUGUAACGAAGGUGAUGAGAUGAUACUCAUCUACGAUUACAUGGCCCGUGGGACUCUACGUGAUCAUUUGUACAACACCAAUAAUCCACCUCUUCCGUGGAAGCAACGCCUUGAGAUUUGUAUUGGUGCGGCUCGUGCUUUGAACUAUCUUCAUACGGGCGCAAAGCAAACGAUCAUUCAUCGUGAUGUGAAAACAACAAAUAUCUUAUUAGAUGAGAAAUGGGUUGCCAAGGUAUCCGAUUUUGGAUUGUCCAAAGUAGGUCCCACUGGCAUGGCCAACUCCCAUGUUAGCACGGUGGUGAAGGGUAGUUUUGGGUACAUGGAUCCAGAGUAUUACAGACGUAUGCAGUUGACUGCAAAGUCUGAUGUGUACUCGUUUGGUGUGGUUUUGUGCGAAGUAUUGUGUGCAAGGCCUCCUAUAAUGCGUACAACAGAGAUAGCAAUGGGCCUAGCGAGGUGGGCGCAGGAAAUCUAUCGCAAUGAAAAGGUUGAAGAGAUGGUUGAUUCAUCAAUUAAGGGUGAAAUAGGGAUUCGGUGCUUGAAGAAAUUUGUUGAGAUUGCGAUGAAUUGUUUACUUGACAACGGAAUUGAACGGCCAUCAAUGGAUGAUGUGUUGUGGGGCCUUGAGUUCGCAUUGCAAUUGCAAGAGAGUGUAGACGAAGAUGUAGGGCUUAAUGUGGUUGAAAUUGACGAGCUGGAUGAUGAGAAAGGUCUCUUCCCCAAGUCCACACUUGAUGAUAGUGAUGACAUGUCUAGUAGCAGCAGUGGACAAGUGUCAAGUAGAAAUAGCAACAGCAGGGUGACCAUAAUGAGCAACGGAGAGCAAAGUUUUGCCAGUGCCAGUCAAGAUUCGGGCAAACUAAUGUCCUCUAGUCCUGGGACAGUGUUCUCUAUGAUUAUGAAUCUUAGCGGUCGGUGAAAGAUGGUAGCUGAAUUUUUAUUAGGCCUUAUUGGGAGUCAUAUAUUGCGGACAAGGGUUUGUAGGAAAGUCAUUCUAUUCAUGAGUGUAGCAAAUUAAAUGAUAGUUGUAGUGCAUGUAUCUGAUUGAAUCACUCUAAAGGCAUAGAUUACGGGAUUCUUCUUGACUUGGGUUUUGUUGUA